GCCGAGCUCUGCCCGUCCCCCCACGGCGAGGCCACCGAUACCGUAUCAUGGAGGAAUUUCAAGAAGCUGAAAUCCUGUGGCCCGGCGGCAACGAGCAUCAUGACAACGACGACGGCGACGCCGAGAAGACAGGUACUAGUACCGUGUCUUCAGUCGUCGUUCAUCCCAAGCCGGCGGACACGCCGGAGCUGUCCUCGCCGGUCGAGAUCUCCCGCCGGAAGCGGCGGUGCCGCCCCUGGGCGGCGGAGGAGCGCGCCGCGUUCGAUCAAGAAACCGGCGGGGGCGGGGGCGACGGCGGCGGCGGCGAAGAAGAAGAAGACAGUUGCAUCGACGAGGCGAAGCAGAGAAGCGCGAAGGGUAUGGCGGCCGUGCCGCCGCACGUUCUCCUGGCUCGGCGGAGGCUUCUGGGUGCCCGGACGGCGGCGUACUCCAUGUGCGCUGGGAAAGGGAGGACGCUCAAAGGGCGCGACCUCCGCGAUGUCAGGAACCUCGUGCUCAAGAUGACCGGGUUCAUCGAGAAAUGAUCACGAGCCGCCGGGGAUUGCUUGCGAUGAUGAAGCGCAUGCGCGUCGUUGUCAAAAAUGCGAAGCUUGUGAAACCAGAAGUUUGCGCAGCAGCAAGGCCGGCCGUAGCUGAAAUAAGGACAGAUGAGAUCGAUGAACUGCUCAUCAUUUGGUUGGUUGAUUGAUUCAUAAUUUGCUAGCUCAUGUAAUAAUGUACAUAGCUAGCUUAGUAGUACUGUACAAACAGGCAGCAAAGUUGAAAAGAAUUAAAAUACCAGCUGCUACUGAACUGAAUACCAGCUUCUAUUGAACUGUUACCGAUGCAUCGAUGUUAUCGGGUUA